GCUUUAAAAAAUCAUGCUGAAGAUUGUGCAACAUUCGGCUUCAGUUUUUCAGUGAAUAAUACAACCUAAUUUGCUACCAAUUGAAACAAAAUUUAAUUUAUAAGAUUGUAUCUGCUGUCCCCUUAUUGAGUGAUGCAUUCUGACUUAUCCCCACAUUUGCAUACACCCGAGUGCAAUCGAUUGAUUGACCUGCUCAAGAAUUGCCACACGGAGCAUAAAUACGCCAAAUUCGUCGGAUUUUGUAACGAUUUUAACGACCAAGUCCUCGAUUGUCUGCGGAACGAGCGAAAAGAGCACAGCAGGAAGAACCGGGAGCAAGCGCAGGAGAAACAGCGUCUGGUACAGGAGCGUAUGAGGCAGCUCAGAAAAGAGGGUGAUUCCGGGAAUACCGUGUAA